AUGGCGAUUGCCCAACCCACAGAUAACGACAGCGACUACGGCUGGGACUUGUCGCUUGACGAAGAGGAGCUGCUCGUCUCGCUCAACUUCGCCGCCGCCAGCAAUCCAACACCCCCUUCCCUCGGAGCCAAAGCUCGCGAAUCCCCUGCCCAGAGGACCGAGCUUAUUCCCUCUUUUGCUGCUGCGGCGGCUGUCGACUUUGCAGCAGAUCCCGUGGCCGCCUCCCUCUACGAUCAGAAAAGCCAUCGCGAUAUCUCCGAGCCAGAUCCGUCGCUUGCAGGGCGCUAUGAAGCUGCUACACACUCCAUCAAGGCUUUCGCGAGGGUCGCAGGCUCUGCUGGCGAGACUUACCGGCAGACCGUGUUGGGAUUAUCAAACGAGGAGGUCAAAGUCAGCUAUCCGGACUUGAGCAAUGACCUCUCCGUCGUCGAGCCUCCAACUGAAGAAACCGCCGAACCGUCGGCACUCUCGACAUCUUCCCAGCUACCGCCUCUUGUUCGCUUUCGGACGUAUCCAAAGAAACCUCUGUCCGUGUCCGACUUGACAGCCGGCGCAUGGUGCGAGCUGCAGUAUGCCUACACCCUCACGCUGCUGCCUGGUGGGAAGCGGACUAGGACGGCCGCCAUGAAGGGCGGGUCCAAGGUGCACAAAGAGCUCGAGGACGAGGUGCAUGUCACCGUGCAGAUCGAAGUCACCAAGCGGGAGGACGCCUUUGGCCUCAAACUGUGGAACAUAAUACAAGGGCUACGGACCUUGAGACAGACCGGCCUGACAAGAGAACUCGAGGUCUGGGGGGUCAUUGAUGGCAAUGUUGUUAACGGCAUCAUCGACGGACUGAGCUACGACAACCCCGAUCCGCAGUUCGAAGAUGAAGAGGGUGCUGGUGGCAAAGCUGCGCCAGAGGUGGCCCCAGACCAGCAGACCAUCACCGAGUUCUUCCCUUCAUCGCAGCCCGCCGGGGACAAGGCUCGGCCCCCGCCCAAGAUUUAUCUGACCGAUGUCAAAACCAGGGCUUCAAAUACUUUGCCGAAAGGUGCUGCCGUGAGGCCGACAAAAGUCCAGCUGUUCAUGUACCACCGAUUCUUGGCAGCGAUGGCUUGCGGACAGCUUGAUUUUCUGCGGGUCAUCCGUCGCUACGGACUCGACCCGGACGAGCAAUUUUCGGACUCCUUUCUCGCCCAGGUCGGCGAGCUUCAUGAUGAGAUAUUCUACGAUGCACCAUCGCCCCCCGCCACGGAUGUGGAACUCUCUGAAGAUCCCUCGGCCGGCGCGCUUCGCUACCAGAGUCUACGCGCUCUCAUACCUCUCGUGGCAGAAGAACUACGCUUGACCUUCCCCCAGGGCGAGGAUUCGCUGGGCAAGCUCGUGGCGGUGGAAUACCGCGCCCGGGCCCGCGAGUCCCCACAAGACGGUGGCGAGGACGCGGGCGAGACCGGCGGCCGCCUCAUCGGCACCAACGUCAUGCAGGUCGACAACGCGGUGCUGGACGAGUACCUCGGCAGCUACAUGCAGUGGUGGCGCGGGGAGCGCGAAGCCCGGGGCGUCGACAUCGAGGAGUUCUACAAGUGCGGCUUCUGCGAGUUCGCCGAGCAGUGCGACUGGCGCCGGGGCCUGCACCGGGAAGCGUCGCGCCUGGCGCGGGAGCGGAGUGCGCCGCGCCGGCGGCGGAGCGGCAAUACUCCUGCCCUUGAGAGGACGGGUUCUGCGUCUGCCGAUGGGUGA